AUUUUUGAUAAAGACAAAAAAUAUGUUAUAACUUAUAAACACUUAAGUACUCUAAUUAAUUACAUAAUUUAAUACAGUUUUGUUUAUAUUUUAUUUUAUCCUAUAAAUUCUAAACUGUUUUCCCUACCCAAACCAUCCAAAUAUCAAAGCAAAUAGAAGUCAAAGAUAGAUGGGAAACAAUUCAAGAGCUAUUUUCUCUUUAUUCUUGGUUGUAGCCUUAUGUGCUGCAAUUUUAAUCACCCCCGGAAUAGCUCAUGAUGAACAACCACCGCCCCGCUCACAAUUUCCACCGGAUUUUCCUAUUGAUGUGGAAAAAUGUUGGGCAUCACUUUUCAAUACUCAGGGAUGCGUAUUCGAACUUUUAAAGUCAGUUUUUUCUGGUCAGUUUGGAAAUGUUGGAGUUGCAUGUUGCAAAGCAUUGUCGACCAUAGAUGCUAACUGUUGGCCUCAUAUGUUCCCGCUUAACCCGUUCUUUCCACCUCUGCUUAAGGACAACUGUGCGCACAUCGUCCCCAAUUCUCCCUCAAAGUGAAAGCGGGAAUCAAGUGACUUGAUGCUUUAUAAUAUAGUCGAGUUAGUUUAGUAAUCUAAAGAAAUUCUCCUAUAUAUGUUCCAAGUGCCUUAUAUAUGAAUAAAGGAAAUUCUCCUAUAUAUGUUCCAAGUGCCUUAUAUAUCCUUUAAUUUACUCUAUUCUGUCUUUGUUUACAAAUAUAUAUGGAAAUAAAAGAUAUAAUAACUUAGUUAGCAACAUUCAAGAGAGC